AUGAAGUUUAGAUUUCUUAAUGAAAGUUUUCAUCGCCAAAAUCUACUUCAGAAGUUUCAAGUUGCAACAAAGUUAUUAUCAGAGUUUCAUCAAAGUUCAACAGGUCAAUCAUCAUCCCAGGUUGUACUACAAGAUGUUGCACUACAUGAAAGUACAACCCCACCAAUUGAGAAUAUUGUUAGAGUGUACGCAGACAUUGGAGAUCUAGUAUUCAUAUGUAGGGAAUGCAAGGCCUACAUGUGGUAUGAGGAAAGGAUUAAGAAGACCAGAAAAUCUGUGAGUUCGACUCUCCAUUUGUGUUGCGGUAAUGGUAAAGUUCAACUACUAAUUCUAAAAGAGCCACCAAUUCUUUUGCAACGUCUGUUAUUUGACAAUGAAUCAAAAGAAAGCAAAAACUAUCAAAAUCAUAUUAGAACAUACAAUAUGAUGUUUGCCUUUACAUCACCUGGAGCAAAAGUUGACAUAACUUUUAAUAAUGGAAAAGCCCCCAAUUUAAGAAUCCAAGGUCAAUCUUGUCAUAGAAUAGGAAGUCAUUUACCAGUACCCGGUGGGCUUCCAAAGUUCGCCCAACUAUAUAUUUACGACACCGAAAAUGAAGUUCAAAAUAGAAUGGAGUCUUUAAGGAAUCAAGAUAAUAUUGAUUUGGAAAUUGUGAGCAAAUUAAAGAGUAUGCUCGAUGAUUUCAAUGUUCAUGCUAAAUCAUUUAGAAUGGCAAGGGAAAGAUAUAGAAACCAACCAUUUGAUGAUUUGAAAUUGAGACUUAUUGCAUACAGCACAAAAGAUGGAAGGAUAUACAAUGUUCCCAAUGUUUCAGAAGUUACAGCCCUUAUUGUUGGUGAUGUUGAUACUGCUUCAGGUAGAGACAUCAUAAUGGAAAAACAAUCCGGCAAAUUGCAAAGAAUAAAUGAAUUGCACACAAGCUAUCUAGGCUUUCAAUAUGGUUUAUUAUUUCCAUAUGGGGAAAAUGGUUAUAGACAUGAUGUGAAUCAUCGUGAUAGACCAAGAGUCAACCAGAAAAGGAAUAGACUGACAAUUAGGAGUGAUUUUGUUUCAGGUUACAAAGAAGACACUCAGAAGCAUUAA